AUGAACAAGCCCUUGAAAACUCACAUUCGGCUCGAUGGUUUCUGCCAACUGGUGGUGUAUGAGAAUCUCCUGGAGAUUUGUUUCGAAUGCGGCCACAUCGGACACACUGAAUCGACUUGCCCCACACUGCUCCGACCGUCGGCGACUGAGCCACAAAUUCAAAUGACCAACCAGGGUCCGCCGCCGGAAAACUCGUCAGCAGAACCGCCGGCAGGCUACGGUCCUUGGAUGCAGGUGGAGAGGAAAUCUCGUAGACAAACAAGGAAAGCCCAAAACAAUCAAGGCCCCUCUCAAGGCAAUCUAACGAGCAAAAACGGUGGUCAAGGAAAAUUAUCUCCUAAAACGGGGAAGAGCGAGCUAAGCGGGGGCAACAAAAUUGUGGAAGCUAAGGAAAAGAAAGGAAAGUCGGAACAGAAAGGGGAGCUGAAGAAAGGAAAGGGUAUCUCACAGAAGGGGAAAGGAGAGGAGGUGGUAGAUAGAGUGUCUAAGGAGAUGCAAAAAAUGGGUCUUUCACAGGCCUGGCGGAUUAUUGGGCCCAAAGCUAUAGAGAAACAGGCUUCUUCUUCUUAG